CCUCACAGGAGUUGGACACGAAGGGGCUUCAGGUCUGUUUGACGUCCGUGCGUCAGGGUGUGAUGGAACGUGCUGACACCUGCGGACGUCACGACGUUUGUCUGUACCUCUCACCUGGUCAACACGCCCCCCUCCCCCGUCACAAUCCCACCUUUGUGGGUCCGUAUUAGCGCCCUGUCCGCUCUUUGUGUGGAGUUUAUUAAAACGUCGAGUCGAUUGUCACAACCUGCUAAACGGUCCUCCCUGGUUCAAUAUUACCGGUCUAUUUGCAGGCAAACGGGCGUGAAGUGGUCAAACAAGGCGGUAAUUUGUUAGGUUUGUGUUCCGGUGCUACGGUGACCCCCUUGGUCUGCUGGCCUUCGUCCGUAGCCCCGCCUCGCCCGGUGUUUAAUUGGUAUAUGUGUGGUGUGUGUGUGUGUGGACUAACGGAACACAAACACCGUCAUCCGUGUGGAGACCUGUGUUUGCCGCUGUUUAUUGAUCCGCAUGGCGUCGGGCGGGACGGUUGGCGCUGCUGGCCGGGGUCGUGUGCACAGCUGCCCGGGGUAAGCUCUACAGUCGUACGGUGGGAUUUAACGAGCCGUGUUUAUCCCCCCCUCCCCCAUACACCCUAAUCAUGAGUGACUUAAAGAGAGUGUCUCAGGUCCUUGAGAGCCGAGCGGACCGGAGCCCGCAGCCUGGCUUACCAGGCAUCCAAAAGCGGGAGUCUACCGGGUCUUCACGGGCGGUCAGCUUCAGCCUCGGUCCGCCGGGCUCGCGCAGAGGCACCCAGACCAGUCUGCGAUCCAGACUACGUUCGUAUGACGAGUCCCGCGUCAACUUGGACCUAUCAACCCGCAUCACGAGCCACGGGCUCAGGAAACAUUCACAAGAACCGGUCCGAGCGACCGGAGGCGGCGCGACGAAGAAGUACUCUGUGCCGGCGUCCUACAGAAGAUUCACCGCCCCGAGUCAACCGAAGUCCCGCUUACCCUCCACCUCCAUAGGCCUGCUCCAGCGGUACGGGCACUACGAUCUCUCAGACUAUGUGGGCAUGCUGCGGUACCUAAGGAUCAACAGCGCCAAGAGGAGGAAGUUCUUAAAGAAACACCGUCUUCCCUCUGCCACGGAGUUCUACCCGGAGGGGGAGGUUCCUCCGGAGGAGUCUUAUGAAUCGGAGGAGGAAGGAGAAGGAGUACAUUUUCAGGUGGAAGACGUCAGAGUCAAGAAACAGCAAGUCAGGAAAAGAAACAGACAAAAGCCGCUGGCCCGGUUCAGAAGAAUCACCAGAACAGUCGUCAUGCUGUCUAAGGCCGUCACCACAGAAAAUGAAGAAGAAGAGAAGCAGAAGAAGCCAAACCUGAAGUCGUUUGCAGAGUUCCAGUACGAGAUAGAGAGCAUGAUGAACAAGUCUGGACCGGCGUUCGACCCCAGCUACUACAAGGCUAGGAAAGAGGUGUUUGUAAGUGACGAGGCGAAGGCUAUCCUGAGACUGGCGCCUGAGGACCGGACGGAGGAACAGAUCCAGCUGGCGCUGAAGUCAGUCCGCAGUGCGGUGGAAGUGUUUUCAGAGUUCCCCAUCAAAAUGCAAGAGUCUCUCAUCAGAGUCGGCUGGUACGAAUGUUUCGACCCAAAGCGAGUGAUCAUCCGGCAGGGUCACAUCGCUGAGAACUUCUACUUCAUCCUGUCCGGUACGGCUGUCGUGACCGUCAUCUCACGGGACGAGGACACCGGAGAACCCAGUCUCAAGACGGUGGCGUUUCUUAAGAAGGGGAACAGUUUUGGGGAGCUGGCCCUGAUGCACCAGUCCAAGCGGAACGCCUCCGUCAUCUGUAAGGACACCGUGUCGCUGCUGGCCGUGGGCAGGGAGGAUUUUGUCAGUAUUUUCAUGCACGGCACGAGCAAAAAUGACGGCCAGGAGCCUGAACACGUGCGCUUCUUGCGGAAGGUGCCAGAACUGCAGGGCUGGCCCGUGGACAAGCUGCCUCAGCACAACCCGGACGUGUGCCUGUACACCUUCUUCAGGCGCGGCCUCGUCAUCUGUAAGGACAGCAGUAUGGCGGACAAGAUAUACGUGGUAGUAACGGGACAUUGCAGGGUUCUGAAAUCCCUCCGACCAACCACGCCACAGUUUUCAUCCAGGAGGAGAAGAAACGUGCCCACAGACUUUUCAGGUCCUUCCGUCAGUCCACGAUCCGUAACGUCCUCCGCCUCAGACGACUCUGAAGAAACGGCGCCCGCCUCCUCACCGAGCCGCUCCAGUGAUCCCCUACGGGCGCACACGUACCCUGGCCCCGCCAAGAAACGGCAGACCCGCUCGGCGGCGUCCGGGCGACCCCGUACAGACAGCCCCGGACUGCCGCCCAUUUACAUGAAAACUCCCAUGACAGGUCUACCCGAAGAUGCCUCGUCGCACAAGCAGCAGCUCGAAGAACUCUUUAAUGAGAGAUUAACGAUAUCGCAAGCUAAGAGGCGAUCCGUGCUUCCCGCGUCGGAACGAACGACCCCUGACCUCUCUCAUUUGGACGAUACCACCUCGGACUCCUCGGGGGACAGUGAGGUCUUCAUCCAAGUCCAAACUCUAAAGGAGGGCGAUGUCUUCGGUUUAGUGAACGUGGUGUUCACCCCGUCAGAGGGCGGGACAGGCAUGAGUCUGGUGUCGGACGGUGCGGAGUGCAUCCUUAUCUCACGGAAGUUCUUCGAGAAGCAUCUGGACCUCGACAUCCGCAGGAAGAUUAGGAGCACGAUCCAGCCGUACCCUUCCGAACGGAGCCUCCAGCAGAAGCUGCAGGACAAAGUCAACUGGGAAGACUUCAAAAGUCGAACCGUGCAGGACCUCGUCGCCAACAAAGAACUCGUGUCCUUCUUGCAAAACCCCAUCCACUCCUAGCACUGCUCUCAUCAAGUAGCCCGGUUACCAGAC